AUGGUUACACUCUUAUCAAUAUCGACUGAGAUAAUCGAAAUUAUUCUUGAGUAUCUGGAUACACAGGAUUUGGUUACCUUAUCCCGAACGUGCAACUUACUUUAUCAAAUUGUGAGUUCGAAGCGGUACGGUUUAAUUUUUCCAAAAUGGCAUGGUGUAUCAUAUAACAUUUCCGACGACAGAGCCGCCGAGAUUGGACUUUACUAUCGCAACGCUGUUUUGAUUGGAUCAACAUUAUACGUACUCGUUCUUUCUAUCGAAAACCCGACAGCUUGGAAUAUAGAUCUGAACGUGAAAAAUCCUAAAUGGGUCAGCGUCUCAAUUAAAGUGUCUGAUUUAUAUAGACCUGUCAAAUAUCCGGCAACAUCAUCGAUUUCGAAUAAAAUAUAUAUCCAUGGUGGAAUAGAUCUGCUCAGUGGAAAACCAACAAACGUUUUGUACGAGUUUGAUGUACGCGAUGUACAACUGCAUGUUUUAAUGCAGACGGGAACGAUUCCUUCUUCUCGUUCGAUGCAUUCGCUUAGCGCAAUCGAUCAUAACCAUCUAGCGGUCUACGGCGGUCUAUGUGCGACUGACGACGGUUCGUAUAAUAGUAAAGAUUUUGCAACGUACAAUCUUGCAAAUAGCGUUUGGACAAUUCACAAUUCAAUGUCCAAUCUUCCAUAUGCAAGAUCCUUGCAUUGCGCCUUGAAAGUCCGCGGUAAACUUUAUAUUUACGGAGGUCAACGGAUUGUCUCAGAAGAGAAAAAUGAAUUACAUAAUGAUAGCAAUGUGUGGGCGUAUGACAUACAAAAUCAUAAAUGGUUAAGAUAUAUCUCUUCGAUGGUUUAUGCGUGGACACCGCUGAAACUUCCACCUGAAUGGGUUUUCACCGAUGGACAAAAACAAAGCCCUGGCCGACGUGUUGGUGCUGCAAUGUUUUGCAUAAGAGACCGCAUUGCUAUAAUUGGUGGUGCAGUUGGUGACAAUUGGGAGAAAAGCGAAAUCGAAAAGCCUUGGGAAUAUUUGAAAAUACUCUCACCUUCGAAAAAGUCUUGGUGUCAUAUUCGAAUCCAGGGUUUACCACGCAUGAGUUGUGUUGCGUUUAUUGGUAACUGGUCUGGUUGCAUAAAAAAGGCUUUCCUUAUUGGUGAUAAUGUAGAUACAGGAAAGACAACAAUGGGAUGGAUAGUUGGUUGA